GAUAGGUGUUGAUUUUGGCAUUGAUAUUUGAUUCUCUUCUCUUCCCUUUCUUCUCCGCACUCUCUCUUUCCGUAUCGCACAAUUCGUAUCAUCAAUGUCUGCAGAAUCAGCCAGCGCCGUUCAUAAGGGUCAAGUUGAUCUAUUAGACUUCAUAGACUGGUCUAGUGUUGAAUGUCUCAAUCAAAGUACCACUCACUCUCUCCCCAACGCUAUCAAGCAGGGUUAUAGAGAAGAUGAUGGUUUGCAUCUGGAAAGUGAUGCUGAUGAACAGCUUUUGCUUUAUAUUCCUUUCACUCAAGUUAUUAAACUUUAUUCCAUUGCUGUCAAAGGUCCUGAAGACGAAGGCCCCAAGACAGUGAAGCUUUGGUCUAACAAGGAGCACAUGGGAUUCAGUAAUGUCAAUGACUUUCCACCAAAUGAUGUGGCAGUUUUGUCCCCAGAAAACCUCAAGGGGAAACCGGUACUUUUAAAGUAUGUUAAAUUUCAAAAUGUUCGUAGCUUGACAAUAUUUAUUGAGGAUAACCAGACUGAAUCUGAGAUUACGAAGGUUCAGAAGAUUCAGCUGUAUGGAUCAACAGUUGAAACAACGGACAUGAAGGGUUUGAAGAAGAUUGAGGAUCAUUGAUCCCUUGAUAGUAUUGAGUCAAGUUUCAACCACAUCCACCCUUAGAAAUUUUGAUUGGAAAUGUUACAACCAGCAACAUGAAUAAUGGUUAAUGACUUCUAACAUCUAUCUUUUUUCUUAUGAGACUGAUGCUCAGUUAGUAUAUCUGCUUGGUUGUGACAAUUGAUGUGAUAGGAAGUAGUUACGUUGAAGCUGCAUGACUGUCUAUUUUCAUUUUUACAUGUUUGGGAAAUAUGUAAAAAAUGAGGUUAGAAUUAUACCUUGAAUGAUUGAAUUGGAAAGACUGGAUUACAUUGACGGUGUCA